GGAGACUCCUGUAUAGAGGAGAACCCCUGUAUAGAGGAGAUUCCCUGUAUAGAGGAGACCCCCUGUAUAGAGGAGAACCCCUGUAUAGAGGAGACUCCCUGUAUAGAGGAGACACCCUGUAUAGAGGAGACUCCCUGUAUAGAGGAGACUCCCUGUAUAGAGGAGACACCCUGCAUAAAGGAGACCCCCUGUAUAGAGGAGACUCCCUGUAUAAAGAAGACCUGCAGCAGAGACUCUGCCAGGAACACCACAGAGCUCUGGAGGUGUUCUCCAGGACAGACCAGAAGCUGAUCUGCAGUCUGUGUGCAGUAACAGAACACAAAGGACAUGAUGUAGUCUAUGAUGAGAUAAAACAAGCAGGAAGACAGGUACCAGACGAAGAACACAACCAGAGACGGACUUUAAUUGAAGAAGAAGAUCCAGUUACCCCGACUACACAAGUGCCUCCCUCCCCUGGGAAGUUGGCCAAGGAAAGGUUGCAGCGUUUUCAGUGCCCAUCUGAGGUGUUAGGUGAACGCGUUGUCAAGAAGGAUGAGGCAUAUUGGCCCCAUCCAGAGAUUUUAGCCCCAUCCUUUUCCAAACCAGAGAAGGGCUUGAGAGAAAAGACUCAUCAGGGAAAAUAUGGAGAACAAAAGGAAUUGGAAGAGAAAGAGCCAGUGACAAAUGCCAGAGAGUCUAAACCAAGGAAGGAGGGGUCCUCAGGAGAAACAACCCAAGAAGAAGAUCCAGUUACCCCGACUACACAAGUGCGUCCCUCCCCUGGGAAGUUGGCCGAGGAAAGGUUGCAGCUUUUUCAGUGCCCAUCUGAGGUGUUAGGUGAACGUGUUGUCAAGAAGGAUGAGGCAUAUUGGCCCCAUCCAGAGAUUUUAGCCCCAUCCUUUUCCAAACCAGAGAAGGGCUUGAGAGAAAAGACUCAUCAGGGAAAAUAUGGAGAACAAAAGGAAUUGGAAGAGAAAGAGCCAGUGACAAAUGCCAGAGAGUCUAAACCAAGGAAGGAGGGGUCCUCAGGAGAAACAACCCAAGGAUCCUAUCUGAUGGAUCUGUUGUCAAAGACUGGACUAGAAGAUCAUUAUGAAAACAAGCUGAUGUUAAGUACUGUCCUUGAGAUAAAUGCUGAUACUACAUCAGAUGAACCUCUUACCACCAUGCAGUCACUUCCAGGGGCCUUCCUGAAGAAAUUAAUGAUGGCAAAUGUGAAUGCUAGGAGUGUUAAAUGUCUGACCACUGACCAGGAGGUUUCCUAUUGUGGUGUAGACAACCUGGACACUGACCAGGAGGUUUCUUAUUUUGAUGUAGACAACCUGGACACUGACACUGAUAGUAGCGAUGUAAUUAAUCCACUGGACCUGAUAACUGCCCUGUUUCUGUGCUCAGAUGGUUUCCUGCAGCAGGAGAUGGUCCAGAAAAUGUCCAUGUGUCAGUUUGCUGUUCCUCUGCUGCUGCCCAACUGUGACACAAAACAAAGCACGUUGAUGCUGUGGGCCUUAAGGGACAUAGUGAAAAAGUUCAGAUCUUCUUCACAAACAGCCACAAAGGCUUUUGUGGAAGAGAGAAUAGUACUCUCUGAUGUUCCUAUGGUGUCCUUUGUUAAGUUAGGAGAGAGCAGCUUGUCCAAGUCUCAGAUUUUGAACAAGUUGCUAAGUAACCCUCAACAGUACCAUGACACAUUUGUUCAUCGUGAUAUGGAAUGCGGAGAUGCAUCUCGACAAAUCUCAGAUGGCCUCGUUGAAAUAAUUUGGUACCUUCCAUGUGGGAACAGAAACAUAGACAUGUUCACAGAGCCUGUGGCUGUUGCCAAUCUCAGAGGAGACAUCAGGUCAUUUGAAACACAGUUCUCCUUUCUGUGUCAAACAUCAGCGGCAGUUUACAUUUUCACUGAUGACUUAGAGGCAGAUUUCUUCAAGAUCUUGAAAAGCAAAAAAACCAAGGCAGAGUUAUUUCUGGUUGUCAACUCUCAAAGAAAAAUGUUCAGAGUAGACAUAUUGAAAAAACUUAUCAGAAACUGCGGUAUCAAUGAAAAAAACGUGAUUGUGAAAAAUAAACAGAAUGAUGCAGAAUUUGUCAAAAUCCUGCAGUCCUCUGUGGGUGACAUCAUCAAAAAAAGUCCAAACCGACUGACAAUUGAGAACAUGGCUGACAUGACUCACCAGAUGGGGAUUUGGGUUGAUGAAGACUGUGAUGAGUGUCAGAGUGCUUGGAAGAUGGCAGAUGAAAUCACCAGGAACAUCACAGACCCAAUCAAAUUCAAAAAUGAAAAGCUACCUUUACAAGGUCAAAUCUGGAAAGAGAUUUCCCAGUUGGAGAAAGAGAUGUGUAGACUGAGAAAAGCAGGGGAUCAAGACAUUGAACACUACAAGAGCUCUCUGAAGAAAAAGGAGAAAGAGCUGAGAGAGAAGCAACACACAUUUGACAUGUCAGAUUCAAUGGCAAGCUUCAUUUUAGGAUUGUCAAGUUCAGGAGCGGAGCGUUCCUAUUUCCUCAAAUGGAUGCGGAUAAAUCUGGACAAUCUGUCACGACAGAAUCUGUCUGUCUUAAGGGGCCGGUACAAAGAUCUUUGCCAAAAUACUCAGGAGAAAAAAGAUGACAUUAAAGAUUUGGAUAAGCAGUUAUCUGACUGUUCCCUGGGACUUGAACACUUCCUGCGUGAGUUGGGACAGUUAUAUGAAGCUUCCUGCUCCCUUCCUGAAAGUAGCCAACAUCGGAAACAGAUGGAGCUUCUCCCUGGAUUGUGUGCUCAGAUGCUGUUGGAUGGUUUUCCCGUUGAGCUUCUGGAUGGAGAUGCAUCAAAUAUCCCUCUGAAAUGGAUAUCAGCUGUUCUGACUCAGCUUCAUACUCUUGUCCAAUCCAACAGCAAGAUCCGGGUUGUGACAGUUUUGGGGGUUCAAAGUACAGGGAAGUCCACUCUCCUCAACACCAUGUUUGGGGUCCAGUUUGCUGUCAGCAGUGGAAGAUGCACCAGAGGGGCCUUCAUGCUACUGAUUAAAGUCAACAAAGACUUCAAGGAGGAGCUGAAAUGUGACUUCAUCAUGGUCAUUGACACAGAGGGGUUGAAAUCGCCAGAGUUGUCUCAACUAGAUGAUAGCCAUGAACAUGAAAAUGAAUUGGCAACACUGGUGAUUGGACUCAGUGAUGUCACUAUCAUCAACAUGGCCAUGGAGAACUCCACAGAGAUGAAAGACAUUCUGCAGAUUGCUGUUCAUGCUUUUAUCAGGAUGAAGGAAGUGGGGAAGAAGCCUAUAUGUCAUUUUGUGCACCAGAAUGUGUCAGACAUGUCUGCUCAUGACAACAACAUGAGGGACAGAAAGAAGUUGUUGGAACAGUUGAAUGAAAUGACCCAGGCAGCAGCCAGAAUGGAGAAGAAGGAGAAUAUCACCAAGUUCACUGAUGUGAUGGAGUAUGAUCCAGACACAAGCAGCUGCUACAUCCCAGGACUCUGGCAUGGGACUCCCCCUAUGGCUCCAGUCAAUGCUGGCUACAGUGAGGCUGUGUGCGGCUUCAAGAAGACCUUGAUGAAAGAUUUCAGAAAAUGCCAGAGAAAUUAUGACUUGACACAUUUCCUGAAGUGGACACAAAGCUUGUGGGAGGCAGUGAAAUUUGAGAAAUUCAUCUUUAGUUUCAGAAACAGCUUGGUUGCAGAUGCAUACUCCAGAUUAUGCUCGGAGUACAAUGGUUGGGAAUGGGCCUUCCAGAAAGAGAUGUAUAAAUGGAUGGUGAGUGCUGAAACUAAAAUAUCCAAUAUUGGCAUGACAGAUCAACAUCCCCAGAGGUCCAUAAGAGAUGUGCUACAAGACUUGAUGAUAGAAGCAUCUGAGAAGCUUUCGGAGGGAGAAAAGGAAAUCCAAGGCAAUCUAGUGAAAUACUUUGAAAAGCAAGAUGGCCAUGUCAAUCUGGUGGAAAAAUACAGGGAGGACUUUCUGUCCAGUGCCAAAACACUGAGACGAGAGACAGAAAACACAGUGAGGAACAAACUGCUGGGAGCUGUUGAGAUCAAAGAGGGGAUGACAGAACUGGAUGACAUCAAGUGCUCACAAGCAAGUACACUAGAAAGAAAAGUGCUGGCUUUGCUUCAAACCUGUAAACAGAACAGAUCUGUCCUAUCGGAUGAGGCCCUCAGAGAAGAUUUUGAAAGAAUGUGGAAGAAAACUCUGUCUGAGAUUAAAUUCAGAGGACUCCCAAGAAGACAUGUUGCUCAGGAUGCCUUCAGAAUUUUACAUGACCAUUUAUCUAUGAGGUCGGGUUACGUCAAUAGUAUGUUGGUUGGAAACAGCUUGGUUGAUUGUGGGAAGACACCCUUUGUUGUAGAGUCAGGGGAUUGGUGGCAGAAGACUAAAGGCUUUGUGAUGCGCUUGAAUAGAGACCAUCUCAGGAUGAAACUGCAAGAGUUGUGUGACAACAUCAUAAAAAAGUGUCAGGAGUUUAUAACCCAGAAGGUGAAAAACAAAACAGAUUACCAUGAAACUUUCAUCAAAGAGCUGCUUGAAAUAAUUGAUGAAACAUCUCAACAAAACAAGAAACGUAAAGUUCCUGAGGAAUGUGAGGUUAAACUGAAGCUGCACAUCUGUGGCAUAGCAGCAAGAACAUUUCAGAAGAAACAUGAUGAUUUCAUUGCAUUCAAUGACCCAAGGAAGUGUCUGGAACAGUCUAAGAACAAGUACCUUACACUCUUCAUAGACUUAUUUCAUAACCGAGACCAGUGCCUAAAUAAAGCUGAGGAGUUCUCAAAGCUGUGUUUGCAGCCAGCUGUACAGGACUAUGUGACCAAAAUGAUAUGUCCUGAUGUGAUUGAUGAAGUGAAGACCGGUAAAGGGUCAGAGGAUUACAGCACACGGACGUCCUUCCAGUUCUCUAUUUUGAAACAACUCCUGACAGAUGGAGAAUAUGAGAAAUAUAGAGAAUACAUAAACCGAUAUGAAAGUUUUGUGAAGGACUGGCUGUUUGACCACAUUGUUCAACAACUCUCAAAGGACAAAAAACUGGAGAAAUUGGAGAAUAAACAUGUUUCAGAGAUAGUCAAGAUAAUCACUGUGGCAAUUUCAAAGAUUAGAAACACAACCCACACUGUAAAAUAUAUCAAGACAUUCAUUCAGAAUAUGUGCUGUGCCCUUGAAGAAAAGCUUGUUUUUCCAAAGGAUGUUCUGGAUUCCAUCAUGACUCUGAACUACUCUGCUAACACAGAACAGUUUGCUGACGACCUCACAGGGUUUGUGGGAAAAAUGGAACAGUCACUGGCAGCUAAAUAUGAGAAGGAAGGAGACAUCAAAGAGAGACUCAAAUCUCUGCCAUUUAAGCCUCAGGACAAGAUGUUCACCAGUCUGUUUGGAUGUGGCAAGCAAUGUCCAUUCUGCUGUGCACCCUGUGAAGCAGGAGGCAAGGAGCAUACCAAACACUUCACCUCUAUUCACCGUCCACAAGGUGUCACUGGUUGGGUGAAUUUAAAGACAACUGUGUUAAGAACUGACAUAUGUUCAUCCUCUGUGAUUAGUUACAGAAAAUUCAACACAAACCUGACUGAAGGCAAACCUCACCUCUACAAGGACUACCAGACAUAUUACCCUGACUGGACCAUAACUGGAGAUCCCAGCAUCAAGGCUUCAGACUACUGGAAGUAUGUGAUGGCCACAUUCAAUGAGACAAUUGCUAAAGACACACAUGCACUUCCUGCUGAUAUCCCAGAGGACUGGAAGGCAUUAACAACUGAUGAUGCACUGAAGAGCUUGAAAAACGCAUUCAACAUGAAAUAAAGUGGAAAACGAUAUCAUGAUUCUUCUUGACUCAAACUUAUAAUUGGCCAAUCAAAGAUUUCAGACAUGGCAACCAGAAAUAUCUCACCAAGCAUGAACAUUUUUUUUAAAAUCAAAAAGCCAGAAGCCUGUCACUUCAACCAAGUACUUGUGAAAAAAAUGGCUAAUCUCUCAAUUCCAAUACAAUUUCAUCAUCGCACAGCUGAUUGGGUACUUUUGACCUUUCACUUACCUUGAUUGGUUUGUUGAAGGAAAAAACUAUUAAUCAAAAAGUAGCACCUUUCACAAUCAUAAAAAACUAGAAACAUAUGAGACUAAAAUAGGAUACUGACCGUCCAAAAGAUACCACGGAACUCUUACCAGAUAGUUGCAGAUAAAAGCCUAUAUUAUAUUGGCAUAUCAAUGUAGGAACACAUGUCGCUACAGGAAACACCUUCAUCAAGGCCUUGUAGCAAGGGUAGUGUUUGAGUGGACAUCACUGACUGACAGGUACCUGCAGUAUAGGAAGGAAGGAGGAGUUAUACCAUACAUACUGUAGACUGACAGGUACCUGCAGUAUAGGAAGGUGGAGUUAUACCAUACAUACUGUAGACUGACAGAUACCUGCAGUAUA